AUUAAAAAACAAAUAAAAGAUUCUUUUGGCAGCAUAUGCGGUUAUUGAGAUAAGACAUUGUUCCACCUACCCCAUAACCCGUUGGUUGUUUUUGGAUCUUAGAACUCAUGAAUACAUUAUUCAUCAUCUUUCUUCUUCUUCUAUGCUUCUUCUUCUUGCUGAAAUCAGAAGAUAUAACUCGAGCCCAGGAGGAUAACUAUGCAACAGAAGAAGAAAAGCAGGAGGUUAAAGGGUUUGAUGAAAACACACUAUUUAGUCCAUACACCAAACAGGAAUGGAGAUCUUACCAACACAAAAAGAUAAAUGAGGGGCGUAAAACGCGGUUAAAAAUCAUGAUAACUUACCCGAACAAAACAGCAGUAACAGGCGCUAAACUUUACAUAAAGCAGCUAACCUCAGAUUUCCACUGGGGCUGCGGUAUGACCCAUAGGAUCCUCAACAACUCAGCAUACAAGAAAUGGUUUGCUUCCAAAUUCACAGCUGCUGACUUCCAUAACGAGCUAAAAUGGUAUUACACCGAACCCACACAGGGUCAAGAAAACUAUACUGACCCCGAUGCCAUGUUAAAAUUUGCCGAUGAACACGGGAUCAUUGUUAGAGGCCACACGGUUUUAUGGGAUGAUGUUAAAUACCAACAAAAAUGGGUCAGAAAACUUUCACCCGAAAAGUUGUUACAAGCAGCAAACAAACGAGUUGACUCUGUAGUUACAAGAUACAAAGGGAGGUUAGUUGGUUGGGACGUUAUGAACGAGAAUUUACACCACAAUUUCUUUGAAAAGAGGCUCGGGAAAAACGCGUCCGCUUACUUUUAUAACAGAGUUCACAAUAUUGAUCCGGACACGACAUUGUACAUGAACGAGUUUAACACGACCGAACAUGUGAAUGACGAGUGGGCCCCACCCGAAAAGUACUUGAGAAGGCUUAAGAAAAUUCAGGCUUACCCGGGGAAUAGCGGAAUGAAAAUGGGGAUCGGGUUGGAAUGUCAUUAUGGUGCUGAGCCGAUCGACCUUCAUUAUGUUCGAAACUCGUUGACUUUGUUAAGUCAAGCCGGUUUGCCUAUAUGGCUAACCGAGUUGGAUGUGAAAAUCGAUCCAACACUUGAGAAUAAAGCUCAACUACAGGUUAUUUACUUGGAGGAAAUACUAAGGGAGUCGUUUUGUCAUGCUGCGGUGAAGGCAAUUGUUAUAUGGACGGGUGCGUCCAUCGACGGGUGUGAUGUGAUGUGCAUGACCAAUGAGAAAUUGGAGAAUACACCGGUCGGGGAUCUAAUCGAUAGGUUAAUGGAAGAAUGGAAAACGGGGAACAUUGAAGUCGUAUCAGAUAGUAAGGGGAUCUCUCGGGUUUCAGUAUUUAACGGUCGAUAUGAAGUGACCGUGGUAGACCCCGUUACAGAUGUUUCUAGUAGUGUCACUUUUAAGGUUGACAAAGUUAGCAUACCGGACGGAAAUGUCCACCUUCAAGUCCUUGGUUAAGUCAUGUUCAAUAAUGAGAAUUAGUUGUUUUAUGUUUGAUUUUUAACAA